AUGCCGGAGAAGCCGACCGCCCUGUGGCCCUCGCCAAGCCUCCGCCGUCAGCAGCAAAACCAACGGGCGGUCUCUUGCGCCACGCCGCCGCCUUCCUGCAGAUCGCCAAGACUGGAAGUCAAGGCGUUGACUAUCUCGACGUCGCCGACCUCUUCUUCUGCUUCUUCUUCUUCGACCGUCUUCAAAUUCUCGACGUUGACCUUGACGUCGACGUCAACUUCUUCGUCGGCGGUUGAAAAAGAAAAAGAAAAGGAGAAGCCGCCCAAGCCGACAGGAGCCUUCAGCGCCCGUCGAACUAUCAUUCUCACCGGUUUAGUUAUCAUUUUGGGGGUGCGGCAAAGAUUUCGACGAAGCUUUGAACUUCACUAUGAUGAGCACUUGUGAAUUCUAAUUUUUUUUAAAAUCAUAUUUCGAAAUCUCAAGCAUCGAGUAGGAGCACUCUUUUGUUAUUGUUUCUUUCUCGAGGCUUUAAAAAGUUGGCCUAAAAAAAUAGGUUCAUAACUUUGUAUAAAAAUAGAACAAAAAAAAAAUUGUUAACGUUUUAUUUGCAGUUUGAUCAUUUGUAUUUCAGUUUCAUUAGAAAUGUUUGAUGGUCCUUUUCCUGAAAGAAAAAUGUUUUCUCCAAUUUUCUGAAUUUUUAAUUUAUCCAAAGACUCUUCAUUCAUCAAGCAGCAAGCCUUAUUAAAAAACCUCACUCGGAUUUUUUUUCUAAUUCGAAAUUAAAUCCUUCAUGUUUACUCUGACGUGAAGGCCAAUUUCGCGCUUCCAAAAAGCUCUUUUUUCCUUUCAAACAUUCAAUAUUUCCUUCCAAAAGAUAUGACCAUUUAUUUGGAAGAAAAUGUGGGGAUUUGUCGGCUACGUGUGUUGAGAAGCCGAUAAUAAUAACGUUGGUUAUUUUUUUUUGUUUUUUCCAGGGAUUUUUGGUUGGAUUAGAGGGGGAUCCGCUCACGUAAGAGACAUGACACGGCUCUUUUGUCCCGUGUUCUCUUGUCCUUUUGAUAGAGAGACUAAAAAUUCGGAUAAAUGAAUGAGUAAUGGGAUUGAAAAACACGUGGUUCUGAUUGAACAGGACGUGAAUAAGCUGUUUCAUUUUUUGCUUUUUCUUUUUGAGAGGAAGAGAAAUAAAUAUGGAACAGAUUGAAAAAUUGAAAUAUAGAUUGCAAAAAGAAAUUUUUGAAAAAAAGAAGUUCGAAGUAGUCACUCUAGUAAAUUUUUUUCAAGUUGGGAAGAGAAGAAUAGUUUUGAAAAUGGUAGAAAGAAGGGAAAAUUCGGAAGAAAGAGUGUUAAAAAAACAGAAGAAUUUUUGAAGUGGUUUUUUUAAAGCGAGGGGCCGGUUAAGGAUUCUUGAACCUUUAUUAGUUUCUUUUUAAACUAAAAAGUUUUUUUCCAAAAACCGUUUACUGGUGAAUGUUUACUCAAAAUUUAUAAAAGUUUACUUCCCUAUCGACAAAAUGGAAAUUAUUGAAGUUUUUUUGUGAUUCGAAAAGGUCUUCUCGCAAAAAAAUCACCACGAAAGAUUGAUGGGAUUGAAUUUUUCCCUAAAAAAAGAAGAUGAACUAUUCUUUAAUUUGAAAUUUGAAAAAGUUUUUCCAAUGUUAAAAGUAGGUUAAUGUCUUGAAAUUAAAAUGAGCAGAAGGAUGUGAUCAAAACUCUGGUGAAACUGAAUUUCACUCCUUUGCAGCUUGUCCUCAACACGAACGGCUGGUUGUCCAUCCACACACGCUGUAUGUUCACUCCUACAAGGUGCCGACUUUUUGCGAUUUCUGCGGAGAACUGCUCUUCGGACUCGUCAAGCAAGGCCUCAAGUGUCAUGGUGAGUUUCAGGUGGAAUUAGAAAAGACAAGAAAUAAGAGAAAUCGAAAAUUAAUUAAAGAAAGAAUGGGAGGAAGCUAUGUUUAAUUUUUUUGUAGUCAAAAAAUUGAUAGAGAUGAUGAAAAGUAAAACUGAAAAUAUCCGUUCAUUUGCUCACAAUCAGAAUGCUCAGAGAUUCGAAAGAAUUUAUUCCAGCUUCUCUUUCUGAAAAUAAUCCUUGGGAAUAAUUUUUUUCAUGUAUACUUCCAACUCGAACAUCCUCAAUUAAAAAAAAAUAUAUUUUUUUAAUUGGUCUACUAGUUUGGAAAACUUGAAGGAUGUGGCUUGAACUACCACAAACGAUGCGCCUCGAAAAUCCCCAACAACUGCAAUGGCUCGCGCCAACGGCGCCCCAGCGCCAUCCCGCUCUCGCCCUCCAACUCGAACAUCCUCAAUUUGAACGAUCGGAGGGUUGGUUUUAAAAAAAACGUUAUAUCACAAUCUGAUAGUCUUCUCUAAUGUUUGAGCUGAAAAGAAGCGUCAUUUUAUUUGCGAACUUCCUCAGAAAGAUUUCUCAUUUUUGUACCGGAUUUACUCCUGAGAGCCUUUUUCCGGGAAAAUGACACCUCAAGGUCCAAGAAAACCAUCAAAAUCAGUUAAAAUAGGCGAUUCCCAGGCUUUGAGCCCCUAAACUGAAGAGUUGUACUAUUUGAGACUUUCAGAAUCUCAAAUUGAAGCCUUAAUGAUUUUGAGAAAAUUUCAAACUCAUAGAAACGCUUCCUUGUUAACUUCUUUUCUGAGAAGAGCGUGUUAAAGCUUGAUACUACCGUAUUUACUCGAAAAAAUUCAGCAUUCGCGGCGAGACUCUUGCCUGGAAGCUCUGGAUGCGGCUCGACCUUCUUCGACGAUUGGCGGAGCGGCGCCGGAUAUUCUUGUCACCAGCGACGACUGUGGAGAUCCUGUGGGCGGAAAUGUUCGCUCUUGAUCUUCCCAAAACAAGAAAUUGGUUGAUUCUGAAACUCUUAAAGCAUAAUUUAUAAGUACUAUUUCGUACAGAAGCAUGAAGUUUUUUUCAGUUCGGAGAAAAAAAAAAGAUCCCACGUAAAUUGCCACAGCAUAUGGUCGCCAAAAGUUUUUAACUUUUUUUCUUUUUUCAUUUUUUUCAAAGGUCUUCUGGUUCAGCAAUAUCUUCUAAUUUCAGUUUUUGUUUUUUGAAGCAGAAAAAUUGCUACUAACCUUUCUGUGUUUGUGAAAAAGCGUUGAAAGGAUGGCUCUGAAAAUUUUAAAAAGGAAAAGAUCAAGAUUUUUGAUUUUAUUUUUUACACAUACAUCUUUUGAACAAAAAUUAUUUGUGAGUAGAACCUGAUUUUCGAAAUUUUCGCGACAUCCUCAAAAAAACUCAUUUUUUCCAGUUUCUGAAUGAAUAUAACUUGGCAGAAGUGUAAAUCGAGACCUUCUAAUUUCAGAACAAAAAAGUAUUUUCUCGCAAUAGAUCUUGUUUUCAAGUUAUGACGCUUUAAAAUUUGCAAAAUACACAAAAAAUGGGAAAGCGGUAUUCGAAGCAUUUUGAAGCGUCACAACUCAAAAAUAGAUUAUUUGCGAGAAAAACCGUUUUGUUCUUUCUUUAAUUAGAAGGUCUCAAAGUACAUUGUGGCCGAGUUUCAACCGGCUACCAAAACCCCUACCCUCGUCAAAUCAGAAUCGUAUUGUUUUGUUAAAUUUUCUCUUCUUUUAGUUCCUACAAAUGCCCCGAAAAGACCGAAGUUGUUCUUGGAGUGGUCGCCCAUUGUGGAUGGAAGUGGCUGAGGCGACUCGGGUCAAGGUAUUUUUGGCAUUUUUCCUCAUUUUUAAGUUCAUAUUUGGAACUUUCAGGUUCCACACACAUUCCAAGUUCACAGCUACAAACGGCCGACAGUUUGUCAGUACUGCAAGAAGCUACUCAAAGGACUCAUUCGGCAGGGGAUUCAGUGUCGAGGUGAAGAAUUGGGACUGGAUAUUUGAAAUUUGAAAAAAAAGGGAAAAAAGAUUAUUAUUUGGAUUUAUCAAUAUUCAGAGAGCUCACAAUAACCUGAUCAUUCAAAAUUUCUUUUAGCCUCGCCUAAGGUACAGUAAGAUCUAACGCGUUUGUAGGGCUUGAAAUAACGGAGAAAUUUCAUUUUAGAAAUUAAUUUCGUUUUCAGACUGCAAGUACAACUGCCACAAGAAGUGCAGUGACUUUGUGGCGAAAGAUUGCCCGGGCAAUGCCCAGGCCAGCCAGUUCUUCUUGGGAACUUCCGAUGAUGGUUUGUUGCUAAUUUCGCCUUUUCAAAACUAUCACAAAAUUUUUCCCGAUAUAAUAGGGCAAUGAUUGAUUUUUCACAUGAUUAAACUACCCCGGCAAAAACUAACAACUUCUCUUUUUUACCCAAUCUAUAUUUUCUUUCUUUUUUUUUGUAUUUUCAGGUUUUGACUUCUAUUCCUGUCAAUUUGUUCAUUAAGUUUGGAUUAUGAUUUUUUUGUCCUGAAAAUGUCCAACUAUUAAACGGGUUUUUCAGAGGCGGCGCUGCGGUUUUUGUUCAAAUUUAUUUGGCAACAAACUUUCUGAGUUUUAAGAGUUUUAUUUGAUGGUCUAAAUAUCAUCUCGAUCCUUCAAAUUUUCGAAAAAUUGAAUAAAAUCGAAAAAAAAACUGCCACAGUCGUAACGCUAGAGAAGAUCUAGGAAGGGGUUUUAAUUGAAAAAGGCUUUGUUUUGAGCUUCUGGGCAUUUUUAGGUGGGAAGAACGACCCGAUAAGUUUUCGUAUCAGACUUUUUUUUUAAUUCGAAAGUUGUUUAGUUGAUCCAUCGUUGACUGUGUUCUUGAAAUGAUCUGAAGGAUAAGGGAAGCUUCCACAAAUAGGAAUCUCGAACGACUAAAAAAUAGUUCAUUAAAAAUAUAAGCUGCCGAUGAUUUAAUAGGAUUACCAAAAAUGGAGAACUUCAUAAUAAAAAAGGAACUGUAAACUGGAAAAAAGAAAAUGCAGGGCGAAGUUUGUGCAGCAGCAUGGAGAAUCUGCGGAUGUGCAGUGUUCCCUUCGACAGCGACCAGUCCUCGUCUGGUAGAGAUUUUCUUUCUCGUCUUUCUGAUGGUCUUACGACGAGUUUGAAUAACUUUUUUGAUGGGUUACUGUAGCAAAGAUCCGUUUCUGAAAAAGACAAAAAAUGAUUGUAAACUCAAAUCGACCUGCUUGAAGCUUCUGUUGCUCUUGAUGAGAGAUCAGGAGAGCGCAGGCAGUUAGAUAGUUCCGAGUUGAGGCUCUUAAACUAGAAUGUUAAUUUAAAAAAGCCUUUUCGAUCAAAAACAGCAAAAAUGUGUGCACAAGGUCAUGAAUGCUCACGGACUUUGACUACAGUAAUCUUUUCAUCAGUGAUUCUUAUUCGCCGUUUCACCAUCAAGCCUCUACUCAACACUGUCGUCCGCUCAUGCCAACAGUAUCAGCACCGCUUCAGCCUUUUUUGUUCUUGCCUUUUUUUACGCAAUUUUCCAGCUUUCUGUGAUCGUGAUUAGAUGCUUUACUUGUGCACCGAUUGCCGUUUAAAAUAAUUCAAGGAUAAUAUAAAGUUUCAUGGAAAAGUAACGGAACGUGUUGGUCUCAAUAAUGGGAAUGUACGAGUUAAAACUUUUUUUUUCUUCGAAGCUCCGAAAACUCAAGCUCUAAGUUUAUUUCGUAGAAUAGUGAAACUAGUAGAGAACCUAUGUUUGAAUAUUUUUUUAAUGUUGAAAAUCUUUUUGCAAUUUAGAAACAAAAUUCCUGCGCAAGUUCUCUUAAAAAUUGGUAGCCUUCUUUUCUCGGAUUUACAAUUUUAGAUGUUUUCAAGUCUGAAUAUCAUAAAAACUGGUAAGCACUUUCCAAAAACUAAUCCACUUUUCAAAAAAUUGAAGUUGCAGUGCACGAAACUUUUUCUGAGAGUUUUGUUCACUUAGUUAACUUUGGUAUUACGCUUCUUCUUGCAAAAUAAUGACUGCAAAUCAACUUUUAACGUACUGCUUCGAUCUCUUUGUUGCACUAACUUUGAUAGAUUAUUCUAAUCACACUUUUACACGUUCAUAUAUAUUUAGCUUAUUAACCGCAACAAACGUUGCAACUUUUCAUUGUGACAGCAAUUUCCAACAAGAAAGUUACAAUAUUUUUAAUUAUUAUCAAAUUUCAGGCGUUUCCGAUGAGCGAGAUGACGAUCUCACGUUGAGAAGUGGUCAUAAAAAGGCUCAAAAUACGCCAAGCGCACCUUUACAGGUAAUUCGAUAGUGUUCGACCUUUUUUCUAAUGAAAAUUGUCGGUCUCUAUUUUUAGAUCAUUCUGGUGGGAAACUUGCGCGAGAUUAUUUUUUCCUUCAAGUUACGAUAAGAUCUACUUUUUAAAAUAUCCAGACAGGUUUCCGAGAGACGUUCCUUUAAAAGUGAACUUUCGCUGUCAAAAUUAGAAUCUGUGACCUUUUGAUUUCUGAGUUUUCAAACAAAGGGUUUUUCAGCAAUUUCGACAAAUCAGUGCCCGAUUUUCAUUCAGUUUUCUCGAUUUUUUCCGUUUUCCAGGGCUCCGAAGGCGUUGGAAGCGGCGUUUCUGUGAGCGGUUUCAAUGGAGGUCUCACCAGUCCGGAUGAUGAUAUGAUCAAUGAAAGCCAGGUUUUUUUCGGGAUGAAAUAAUUAAUUUUUACAGAGCUCAGUGAAGGUUCAAAACCAGAAAAAAUUUUUUUGCUCACUUUUUGAGCGAUUUGCGCUGUUAUUUUGACUAGCUCCGUUGAUUCUUCAAGCUUUUCGUUGAUCUUAUGCUCUAUCUUCCAAAAAAUAAGCUAGUUCAUAUCUUAUUUUAACAACAGAAGUGAGCUGUAUCUGAGAAUUUUAACAACUAUCCAAAAAGAGAAUCAAUUUUUGAUCGAUUCCGAGUCUCAUUUUCCCCUUUUCAGAACAUUCCCCUGAUGAGAGUGGUCAUGUCGAAGAAGCAAACGAAACGGAAGAACAAUAAAAUUCUGAAGGAAGGCUGGAUCGUUCACUAUACCGAUCAGCAGAAUAUGGUUUUUGACUUUUCUAUUUUUGAAGUUAAAUAGAGUUGAUUCAGAGAAAGAAGCAUUAUUGGCGUCUCGACACGAAAAGCAUCAUAAUGUACCAGGACGAGAACUCGACGCGCUAUUUCAAGGUAAUCAGGAGACAUGAAAAUGUUUAAUCUGCAAAAUCACUUCUUACUGUAAUGAAUAAUAAGCUGUAAUUCAGGAUUACUGUAUCUAGUUUAUAAAGGCUGGCUACUGUUGUUUAGUAGGCUAUCAUAGUCUUCUGUAUAUCUUGUAUCUGAAUUGAAGGGUAUUUAGGCCAUAAUUAUUCACUUUGGGUAACUGUAACCGGGUCAUUCUGUCUCUUUAGGUAACAGUACUCUGCUUUUUGUAGCUUCCGCAGCUUUUUCAAAAGUAUUUUCUUUAGUCUGAUUGAAGGUUCUUUUAAAGUUAGUAUAGCCCAUUUUCCGUCAUAAUCGUGAUACCGUAAACAUAUCACCUUCUAGGGUUACUGUAGUCUAGAUAUACACUUUUUUCAAAGUUAAAUUGUUGGCUGAAGUAUUUGAUAAGAUUAAUGUAUCACUAAAAAAAGGCUUAAAAAAACAUAUUGAAGCUUUUUUUACAAAUGAGUCUAAUUUAGUUAAAAAGAAGCCUGUUUUCGUACUUUGGAAAAGGCUCAUUUUUCGUCUUCAGUGUUGAUUUUUUUUAAAAAUCAAUAGAGAUAGGUGUUUUAAUAAAGUGCCUCAAUGGGAUUUCAGUGCUUCAGAAGUUAAAAAUAAACAAUGAAACCACUACCUAGUAAUAUCUUGUCAUUUUCAAGCUUUUGCUUGUAGGAAAUCCCGUUGAACGAGGUUUUGGACCUGAAAGUCAACGAACACGAGCAAGUGAAGAAGUCGCUGACGCACUUUUUCGAGAUUCGAACCGGGGACUGUACCUACUUUAUUGGUACGCCGUUCUUUUUUGUAUCAAAUUAUCAACAAACCAACGCACUGGAACUGGAACUCGAAAAGAAAAUUAUUUAUACAGGGUUUUUUUUUCUAUCCAUUUUUUCAUCGACUAACCUACGCACAAGAACUGAAACUGCUCAAAAAAAUAUUUUUACAGGAUCUGUUUUUUCUCCUAAAGUCAACCGAUUUGUGGACCUUUUUUUCCUAAUCAACUCUGAUUAACUGGACUCUUUUCUAGGGGGCAAAUGAUUUGAUGAGAAGUCCUUGAGGAAAGACAUUUUGCGAAGUUUUUACACAGUUUCGGGCCAUUGUUUCAAACUUUUAACCGCCACUUUUUCCAUUUUGAAAAUGGUCCUUUGUCUGUUUAUUUUUGAAGGAAUGUAGUAAUUUUUUGGUUUUGAGAGAGUUUAUAGUGGGACGUUUUACUAGUUAAAAUGACCGUAAAAUUCCAUUCUGCCAAAGAUUUUUCAAUUCAGUAUGUAGGGAAGUCUGA